UGUACCCAUGCACUGUCAACUAUGAGCUUCAAUCCAUAAUAAAUACCUUGGAAAUUGAGUAGAUUUAGCUAUCACGGUUUUAUAGUACAGCUGUCAGUGAGUGUAAUGAGGGGUAGAAUCACCUUCCUUAGCCUGUUGCUCGUGAUCGUGUUUCAAUCCAGCCUUCUGAGGGUGGUAGGUGGAUCAUGCUUGCUGAACAGAAUUGAUGAGAAUCCUUGCCACUUCAGACACCCGUCAAUCACUGACAAGCCAGGGGAAAAUGAGUAUGGAAUAUACAGCACAAGGAUAUUGAAUGGUCCGAAAUGCUCCAUUCGCCGUAAAAACCAUCAAGUGAAGAGCAUUCAAAACCUUCGUGGUGACCCUCGAGUGAAAUUCAUUUUUUCACCUGGUAUAGAGAUCGAACCACCCGUAGAAUAUGGUAACCAAAUGAUAGUUAUGUACAAUGUCACAUGUCCUUCGAAUCAUGUUGCAUUCUUCAAUAUCACCGAUAUGAUUUUGGAGGAACCAAAUUGCCCUGUCGGACUUCAGCAAAGAUGUGUGGACUAUGUACAAGUGGUACACGGUGAGAAUGGGGCGUUACGACGUUAUGAGAGUUGUGGCACUAACCCCAGAGAGUUCCUUAUCCUUGAAGGUAAUUUUCAAGUCAUCUUCCGCACCAGUAACAACAACCGGUUCCCAGGGUUCAAAGCCGUUGUCAUUUGUAUGGAAAAAGACGCUGGCGGCACUGGUAGACGAAAGAGAUGCGCCACCGAAGAUGUUGUGAAAACUAAGUAUCUACCUCAAACGGAGGAGCAGAGAUUCCUUGUGUACGACCUAACCACGGCCUUCUUUGAACAACCACUGGAGAAUCCUGAGGAGCGUCUGUGUGAUGAGAUGCUCAAUCCGCCACCCUUUGACCCUCUCAAUCUUCCCGUCAAUGACACGGAGGACGAUGAUUUCAACCUCCCACAGUGUCCAAGAACAACCACCAUUUCCAGAACGACUUGCAACUACAGUGAAAGGAGGCUGAGUAUGGCACUGGCUAACAGGGACUCUCCCAACCUUCUAGUGAGAACAGUAGUGGAUGCAGUUCUCUCGUGUGUCCAUAGGCAGAGGAAUUCUUAUGGGGAUCCACCCCAGUGUCUGUUGAGUAGAGAGGAAGAGUUUCCAUGCACACCAAGAAAUCCCAGGAAUACAAGAAUGCCUAAUGCAAAUGAAAUCGGGAACUACACGACUCGAGUACAAGCAGGAAGUUCCGGACGCCCCAGAUGCCAUAUACGGAGCAGACAACAUAUGAUUCGACCAAUUCCAAUACUCGGUGGAGAUGAGAGGAUAAAGUUUAUUUUCUCCCCGGAAAUUAGACUUGAUCUAACAGAAAACCGUCAACAAUACGUUCUGUACAACAUCAGCUGCCCGGAGGGACACCUGGCAUUCUUCAACAUGACUAACAUUCAGCUGAAAGAGGCAAACUGCUUCAACCCGGAACAAAAUCGGAUGGUGUGUCAGGAUUAUGUGCUCAUAAUCAGACCUGGUUCUGGUAAUAGUACUGAAAGUUGUGGAAAUACAAUAAUAAAUCAAAACCAGAAUCAACUGGAGCAAGGUACAAUGAGCAUUUUGUUCAAAACCAGUACGUCGAAUAUAUUAUCUGGAUUUAAAGCCACUGUCAUCUGUUUCAGACGUGAAGACGCUGAUCAACCAGGUUGCACUCGACCGAGGCAACAUGACAGUGAAAGGACCACUCUCAGCCCGAGACGCAAAAGGAGGAACCUCAGUGAAUUUGGGAUCAUGCCUAAUCCGGAAGAGAUGGUUGUUAUUGGCAACCUCACAAAAGCAAAGUCCGCUCUGGUGACUGAAGACAGCAAUACUCAACUGGGUGAAGAACCCGUGUGUUCCGAUCUACUGGCAGAUCUUAACCUGCAACCCAUCCCUGGGGUCACCACAAGUCCAAACUGUAUACAGAGGCAAAAGAGACGGGAAAAAAUUGUGCUAAUCAGUGACAUGCUUGAAGACAGCGCUAUAUUUACUGCUAUUGAGAAUGAGAAUGCAUGCAAUCCUGUUCUUAGGACUUUAGCAGAAGCUACUAUUGCCUUAGUAUAUAGAGAGAAUCCUCAACGUCUUGCUCAACUGAGGAAAAAGAUUGCUGCUAAUUGUACGUUGUAAGAGACUGGCCGUGCGCGAACGUUGUGUGUGUUGACUCUUUUGUGUUUGUUAAGUAGAGGUAUUUACCCUAGCUAUGUUACCUUAUUUUGAUUUGUGUGAUAUAAUGCCAGCUAUGUCUGGAUUGAUUGAGUUUUUGUGAGAAACCUCGUAGAGAACUGAACACAUGUGUCUAUGUAUUUUAUGAUUUAUCUUGUUAUUAAAACUUAA